AGCACCAGCACCCAGCACCCAAAAGCACCAGCACCCCAAAGCACCAGGACCUCAAAGCACCAGCACCCAGCACCCCAAAGCACCAGCACCCCAAAGCACCAGCACCCCAAAGCACCGGCACCCAGCACCCCAAAGCACCAGCGCCCACCAUCCCAAAGCACCCAGCACCCACACCCCAAAGCACCAGCAACCCAGCAUCCCAAAGCACCAGCACCCAGCACCCCAAAGCACCAGCACCCAGCAUCCCAAAGCACCAGCAGCCAGCACCCCAAAGCACCCAGCAUCCCAAAGCACCAGCACCCCGAAGAACCUAGCACCCCAAAGAACUCACACCCCAAAGCACCAGCCCCAAGCACCUCCAAGCACCCAGGCCCAUAUAAUCCAGUGCUCACCAGCAGCUCUGCCCAAUACUGUCCAGUGCCCAGGGUGCCCUGUGCCUGGUGCAGCUGA